AUGUUAUCAACGCGACAACUGCGGAGGUUUUCUUCAAUUCUUCGUAUGCGAUCACUUUGUUUGAAUUCUCUCUUCCGCAGUAGUGGGUCUUCUGCUGUUCUUAUGCAACGAACUAGUAUCACGGAUCAUACUGGAGGUUCAGGGAGUUUUACUCAAGGAGAUGUGGGAGCGGGAACAGCAAAGAAAACAUUAUUAGAGGAGGAAAAUGAUCUUGUUAAACAUCUUCGAUUAGAAUUGAAAAAUACCAACGAACGACUUGAUAAAGCCACUGAAAUUAUUCAUCAUCUUGUGAAACUUGUGGAUAAGAAGCGUUUUGCCGCUGAAAUGGCUAUGUUUGAAAAAAGUAUGGAAGGUGGUGGUGGUCUCUUUGUUACAACGAACUCUGCUGAAUUGGAGAGGGCUUUGCAAACACCAGGUGCCCGUAUUGUUCUUUUAGAGAAUCAUCAUUAUAUUCUGGGAACUCUUGGAUCUGUACAUAUCACUAAAACAAAUGUGACGAUUAUUGGAAAUAACGCUACCAUUGAAGGAUAUUUAAGACUCUCACGAGAUGCAAGUCUUGAGGCAAGUAAUGUUACUUUUCUUUCUCCUAAAGGAUUAUCUGAUGAGAAUGAAAAGGGAUUCCGCGAUUGGCGUAGCACCACUCUUCUUCCUUGUAUAGAUGCCACUCAACGUUCUGAUGUUCAUUUGCGCAAUUGUAAGUUACUAGGUGGACGAGAUGGUUUAUACUUGGGAGUUGAUUCCCAUGCAAAGUUAGAGAAUGUGUUAAUUGCGGAUUGUGCCUGA